CGACAGUCUGCGGGACCUCGUCCCUCCCUCUUUGACCUGGCCGGCUUGGACCGCGACUAUUACAGCGCUGUCCAGCAAUCUGCCAGCGUUUGUUGAUGCUGAGGCCGUCGCAUUCCGAUUAUGAUAAUUCCCUGGACGACAACAAAUGGCCACGGCCAUUCUUGUGGUCGCAACCAAGGGCGACUGCUGGCCUUGUCCCUGGACUGGUAUCCGCUGCAUGAAAUCGUCUAGUCCCAUGCGGCAGUCCAGUCAUAUUUUCCCCGGACUUUUCCACCCCCUCGGUACCCACUCUGCUGGAUCCGCUGUGGUUGCUGGUUUCCCUUGCGCAUCUCGUCCUCGAAUCUCGUGGUCGAGAUCCAUUAUCACCGGGAACCUAUCCUACCCAUGGCUCCGUGACCUUCCUUGCCUAUAUGUGUCACAUUAUCCUGUCUAGUGAUCCCAUUCUCACCAACACUGGACGACUUCACGAGACACGACUGCUUUUUCUACGUC